GAGAGAGAUUCUCACCUCAAAGAACGCUCUCGCUCCGAUAACUCUCUCUCUCUCUCUCUCUUCACCUUUGUCUUCCUUGGAACAAGAAACGAGUGACCCCUCCCCGGAAAACUGUCUUGAAUCUUAGGUUCUUUAAUGCUGUUCCAGAUGUCUGAUGACCCCUCAUUCAAUGUUAAUUCAGCCCAUCUUAAAAGCUCCCUGAAUUUGUGAACGUACUGGCCUAUCCCUGUUCUUACACAUAAUUCAACAUAACCCUUCUCUAAUCACAAUUAAAAACUUGAUCUUUUUCGUUAAUGUGGUAGAGAACAUCUAGCCAAGCAACUUGGCAGUCAUAUAACCCUUUAGUAAACCUCCACCACCAAGUAUCCCAAUUUUAAGUUUAUUUCUUUCUAAGGAAAACUGUAGUGGGGGGCAUUAAAUUUCCUGAAUAUGAAAUGGUCUACUAGAGUGUUGGUCUAUUUAAGUGUCGGAAUGUAGGUAGGUGAAGACAUUGAGUUUAUCGUACUAUAUAUGUUUCUAGUGCGCCGUGUUCUGUGUGUAUGGUUUCUCCCUUCUUAGAACAUUGGUGGUUGUGCAUCACUGUGCAAAGAUUGGUUGUAGAUUGUAAGAAAGAUGAGCUAUCUUGGUGUGGGUGUGAGUCCGGGUAAUGUUCCUGUUUAUCAUGGGAGCAAUGUGAAGGUGAUUGACAGAAGAGUGAAGGUUGCAGAACUGGUUUUGAGGUGUGUGAUCUGUGUUUUAGCAAUUCUUGCUGCUGUUCUUAUAGGGACUGACACACAGGUUAGGGAAAUCUUCACAAUUCGGAAGAAAGCCAAGUUUACAGACAUGAAAGCCCUCGUUUUCUUGGUAAUAGCCAAUGGGUUGGCCGCUGCCUACUCGCUGGUCCAAGUUUUGAGGUGUGUUUUGAGUAUGAUUAGAGGGACUGUGCUAUUCAGCAAGCCCUUGGCUUGGGCCAUUUUCUCUGGUGAUCAGGUAAUGGCCUACUUGAGUUUGUCUGCAGUGGCAGCUUCAGCGCAGUCGGCGGUCUUCGCCAAACUAGGGCAACCGGAACUCCAAUGGAUGAAAACGUGCACUUUGUAUGAGAAAUUCUGCAACCAGGUGGGGGAGGGCGUGGCCAGUGCAGUACUCGCGAGUCUUUCCAUGGUGGUCCUCUCAGCCAUUUCAGCUUUUAGUCUCUUUCGUUUGUAUGGAGACAGUAAAGGAAAGAGCAGUGGAGGGUGGUGAACGAAACCACAACUCUUUCUUGGCUUGUCUCUUGAGAAUGAAGAUAUGUAUCAUGUUUUUAUGAACAGAAGUAGCGUAGCAUGUUUCCAUGUAUGUGAAAGAUGAUGAUCCUUUUGGUUGUGUAAUGAAGUGAUGUUUGCUUUUGUGUAA